GGUUAGGAAGGAAAAUGAGGGAGGAAGGUAUAGGGAACCAAAACAAGAGCAGUAGGUCAUUUCGAUCAAUUUUCAUGCAUUCCGAUGGCAUUGAUAAGCUGCUAAUGGGCCUAGGAUUCAUCGGAUCACUCGGCGACGGGCUUUCUAUGCCCGUCAUGUUGCUCUUCACUAGCAAGAUUAUCAACAAUAUCGGUAGCGCUUCCGCCUCCGAUAUCUCCUCUCAUAACGUCAACAAGAAUGCAGUGUUGUUGUGCUUCGUGGCGCUUAUGCAAGGGAUAUCAUGUUUCUUUGAGGGGUAUUGUUGGACAAGAACAGGAGAAAGACAGGCAUCAAGAAUGAGAUCAAGGUAUUUGAAGGCAGUGCUAAGGCAAGAAGUGGGUUACUUUGAUUUGCACGUCACAAGCACCGCAGAAAUCAUUGCAAACGUUUCCAGUGAUAGUCUUGUCAUUCAAGAUGUUAUUAGUGAAAAGGUUCCAGUGUUCUUGAUGAACUUAUUCACAUUCGUUGGGGCCUACAUAGUGGCAUUUGCAAUUCUAUGGAGGCUAGCAAUUGUGGCGUUUCCUUUUGUGAUAUUUCUUGUAAUCCCUGGUCUGAUGUAUGGAAGGGCAUUAAUGGGAAUAGCCAGAAAAAUGAAGGUGGAAUACAACAAGGCAGGCACAGUAGCAGUACAAGCACUCUCUUCUAUCAAAACAGUUUAUGCCUUUGUUGCUGAGAGAAAGACCAUUGAAAAUUACUCUCUUGCCCUUCAAGGGACUAUGGAGCUGGGGCUAAGGCAAGGAUUGGCAAAAGGCUUAGCCAUGGGUAGCAAUGGCAUAGUUUUUGUAAUUUGGUCCUUCAUGGCUUAUUAUGGUAGCAGAUUGAUUAUGUACCAUAACGCUAGCGGUGGCCAUGUUUUCGCGGUGGGUGCUUCCAUCAUCUGGGGAGGACUGUCACUAGGUGCUGGUUUACCAAACCUAAAGUACUUUUCUGAAGCAUCUGCAGCAGGGGAGAGAAUAUUGGAAAUAAUAAAAAGAGUACCCAAAAUCGACUCCGAUAACAUGGACGGAGAAGUUCUGGAAAAUAUUUCGGGCAACAUCGAAUUCAAAAACGUCGAAUUCACCUACCCAUCGCGACCCGAAACUUCCAUUUUCCAAAACUUCAACCUCAAAAUACCAGCGGGGUUAACAACGGCGUUAGUCGGCGGAAGUGGGUCUGGAAAAUCAACGGUGAUCGCCCUUUUGCAACGGUUUUAUGAUCCAAUGGGGGGAGAGAUUUGUCUCGACGGAGUCGCCAUCGAUAAGCUACAGUUGAAGUGGUUGAGAGCUCAGAUGGGGUUGGUGAGUCAAGAGCCAGCUCUAUUUGCUACAAGUAUUAAAGAGAACAUACUAUUUGGGAAGGAAGAUGCAGAUAUGGAAGAGAUCAUUGCUGCUGCUAAAGCUUCUAAUGCUCAUAACUUCAUUUCUCAGCUGCCUCAGCGUUAUGAUACCCAGGUGGGUGAGGGAGGAGUUCAAAUGUCAGGGGGACAAAAGCAACGAAUCGCAAUAGCUCGCGCCUUAAUUAAGGCACCGCGCAUCCUCUUACUUGACGAGGCCACAAGCGCGUUGGACUCGGAAUCAGAGCGUGUCGUGCAAGAAGCACUUGACAACGCCGCCGUGGGACGCACAACUAUCGUCAUUGCUCACCGCCUCUCCACCAUUCGAAACGCCGACAUCAUUGCUGUCGUCCAAAAUGGCCAGGUAAUGGAAACCGGCUCACCUGAGGAACUAAUCUACCAUGAAAACGGCCUAUAUGCAUCCCUAGUCCGCCACCAACAAACAGAGAAGAACAGAGGAGAAACUACAUCAAAUGAAGCCUCAACUUCGUCAAAUAAUCCAACAAUGGAUUCAAACAACAACAACAAUCAGAGAUUGUCGAUUCUGAGUCGAUCCAGUUCAACAAACUCACCCACACUAAGCCAGAGAUUCAACAAUUCUUCUACAGAUAGAGCAGACCGAGAUUUUCCUGUUCCCUCAUUUAGAAGGCUUUUGGUGAUGAAUUUACCCGAGUGGAGGCAAGGGAUAAUGGCAUGCAUAAGUGCGGUUUUAUUCGGUGCAAUUCAACCGCUUUAUGCUUAUGCACUGGGAUCGGUGAUUUCGGUUUUUUUCUUGCUGGAUCACAAUGAGAUCAAGUAUAAGAUGAGGAUUUAUUCGUUGUGUUUCGUUGGGUUGGCGAUUUCAUCGCUGUUGAUUAAUGUAAUCCAGCAUUAUAACUUUGCGUACAUGGGGGAACAUUUGACGAAGAGGAUUAGAGAGAGGAUGUUGUCCAAGAUUUUGACGUUUGAAGUUGGGUGGUUUGAUCAGGAUGAGAAUUCUAGUGGUGCUAUUUGCUCUCGGCUCGCUAAAGAUGCGAAUGUGGUGAGAUCUCUAGUGGGCGAUAGGAUGGCACUCAUUAUCCAAACUUUGUCGGCAGUAACCAUAGCUUGCACCAUGGGCCUGGUCAUCGCAUGGAGGCUCGCAUCGGUUAUGAUAGCAGUUCAACCCCUUGUCAUCCUCUGCUUCUACUUUAAGCGCGUCUUUCUCAAGAACAUGUCCAACAAGGCCAUGAAGGCCCAAGACGAAAGCAGCAAGCUGGCUGCUGAAGCAGUCUCCAACCUCCGGACUGUCACCGCAUUCUCUUCUCAGGCUCGAGUCCUCAAAAUGCUUGAAAAGGCCCAAGAAGGCCCACGACGUGAAAGCAUCCGACAAUCAUGGUUCGCUGGUAUUGGGCUUAGUAUCUCCCAAAGCCUCAUGGCAUGCACUUGGGCUUUAGACUUUUGGUAUGGUGCAAAGCUCAUCUCCCAAGGCUACAUUGGGUCCAAAGCCCUGUUUGAGACCUUCAUGAUCUUAGUAAGCACGGGUCGAAUUAUUGCCGACGCAGGGACCAUGACUAACGACCUUGCGAAAGGAUCUGAUUCAGUCAAGUCAGUUUUUGCCGUGCUGGAUCGGUAUACACGUAUUGAGCCUGACGACCCUGAAGGAUACAAGCCUGACAAUAUAACAGGCCAUGUGGAGCUGUGCGACAUCCAAUUUGCAUACCCGGCUAGGCCAGAAGUGAUGGUCUUCAACGUCUUUUCGAUCAACAUUGAAGCAGGGAAAUCAACUGCUUUGGUUGGAGAAAGUGGCUCUGGGAAAUCAACCAUCGUUGGAUUGAUCGAGCGAUUCUACGAUCCACUUAAAGGUGUAGUGAAAAUAGAUGGUCGCGAUAUUAGAUCAUACCAUCUGAGAUCCCUACGGAAACACAUUGCACUUGUUAGUCAAGAGCCAACUUUGUUUGCGGGGUCCAUUCGAGAUAACAUCACUUACAGUGCAUCAGGUAAGAUUGACGAAUCGGAGGUCAUUGAGGUGGCUAAGGCAGCCAAUGCUCACGAUUUCAUUGUUUGCCUAGAAGACGGGUAUGAUACGUGGUGUGGGGAUAGAGGAUUGCAAUUGUCGGGUGGACAAAAGCAACGUAUUGCAAUAGCCCGUGCUAUUUUGAAAAAUCCAGCAAUUCUGUUACUAGACGAGGCGACUAGUGCACUUGAUAGCCAAUCGGAGCAAGUUGUACAAGAUGCGCUCGUGCGUGUGAUGGUAGGGAGGACUAGUGUGGUUGUGGCCCAUAGGUUGAAUACAAUCCAAAAUUGCGAUAUGAUUGCGGUUUUGAAUAAAGGGGAGGUGGUGGAGAAAGGAACCCACUCUUCUUUGUUGGGUAAGGGACCCGAGGGAGCAUAUUUCUCUCUCGUCAGCCUUCAAAGAACCCCCAACGCUCCCCACAGUGAAUUUUAAUUGGUAGGUCUCUGCUUUUUUGGCCUCUUUUUCAAAUGAUGGGGUUGAUGUGAGUCUCUCAGGACAUGAGGAGGGGAGAUGCUCUCUUUGUAAUUCCAUAUGUAAAUAAUUGUAAUAUACUCCCUCCGCUCCAAUUCGUUGUGCAUGGUAUGAGAGAAUUAAUUAAGAUUCAUCAAACAAGAUUCAUAUUGAA